AUGUUUCACCACCAUCAUCAAUCUCACAAUGUCAACUCUAAUAUUGAUACGUAUUCAACUCCAAUAAGGGGUGAAAGUUUAGAUGAAAAUGAGAUGGAGUAUGAUGAUGAUGAUGAUGAUGUUGUUGAUGAAAAUCAAGGAAAUGAUGAAGAUGUUCAAUAUGGUGAAGAUGGAGGAAAUUCUGUUCAUCAUGUUGAUGCUAGUCUUUACACGCAACCAUCAUUUCAAGAUCUAGUUUCACAAUUUGGUUCACCACCGAGCUUCACUCAAUUGGUUCAACCAUCUCAACAGCUACCUAAUAAUAAUGAUGAAGCCCCUAUACCUUCAAAGAAAAAUUGGGAUUUGAUUGAAGAUAUUUCUCUCAUAUGUUCAGUCAUGAACACAAGUACAGAUCCAAUUGUGAGCACCAACCAAAAGAUAAGAGUGAGGUGGCAGAAAGUUAAGGAAGCUUAUGAAGCAGCGAGGAUGUGGUCUAGAAGUUAUGAUGAGGUUGUUAGGAGGAAGAAGAGUGGCACGACAGACGAAGAUGUGCUUAAAGAAGCGCAUUUAAUCCAUCAAAGAAAACACGGUAACUUUAACUUGAUUGAGCAAUGGAAAAUUUUAAGAAAGUAUAACAAGUGGAAGCAAGUGGUAAAAACUAAUCAAAAAAAACAAUUGGAUCAACAACCAACUGGUGAUGUUAGUAGUAAAAGUUGUGGGAAAAGAUCAAGGACGGAAGAAGAUUCUGAAACUCCAACAAGUGAACCUCAAGGAGGAUCAUCCACGCGCCCCGAGGGUGUGAAGAAGGCUAAGGCUCGCAUGACAGGGAAGAUGGUCGCAGAUCAAUCAAUUCAAGCUUUGAGUGCAUUUGGAGAGAGAAAUAACAUUUACAUGCCUUGUAUAUUUAUAGAAGAGCAUACAACCAUUCAUGAACAUCCAUUCGACUAUAUUGCUUUGUCAUUUGCCCGAAUGGAGGGUGAUUCGCCCAUGUCCAAUCCUUUAAUGAAAAGCAGCGCCUCUAUUCAACCAAAUCAAGGCUUUAUUCGCCAAUGUAGAGUCUCAUUCAACCGAAUGGGUGUACAUUCGAUUGAAUGA